CAGAAUCAGCUUCAGAGCUCACCAAAGUGAGACGCUGUCCUGGAACCAGCGCCUCGGCCAUGGCGCAACACCUUUUGGAUGCGGUGCCAAGACGCUUGCGCUUUACACCUGGCAGCACGCGCAAUUUGCUGCUGCGGAACAUCUCCAAAGGCGAUUUGGUUUUGCAGAUCGAUCUGGAUCAUCCCUUCCUCUUGGAGCUGGGCUGCCAUCAAGAAAGCACCGUCCUGCCGCCUGGUGAGACCUUAGCCUUUCGACUGCGCGCCCAAGCUGCGGCGUCUCGAGUCGUCGGGGGGACCUUCUCUGUGCACAUUGACGGCCCAACACCUCCGCUGCUCGUGGAGCUGCUGCUGGCGCCAGAGGAGGCCUCGGAGGAAGAACUCCAGCGCUGUGCGCAGCAGGCCCGGGAGGCACAGCAGGCACGGGCGCGAGAGGCACGAGUGAAGCCAGAAGCAGUGCAGAUGCAGAUGGGAGAUGCGGAGGAGAAGAGGGGUGUCCAACUUGAUGUGGUCCCUGCUGUCUUGGCCGAGUACUUGGGUGAAGCCCCCAGCGCGGCUGCUCUGCGUGGGGGUCUCCGUCUGGGAGCGGCCGCGGCCGGCGACACUCCCGACACGCCCGGAACGCCGCGCUCUGAGCACAGCGCCGCGCUGCCGGAUGGCCACGUGCGUGGAGCGCUGGAGGAGGGGGACGAACGGCCACCCACUCCGACUCCGGAGGAGUUUCGAGAGGCAUUUGCAAAGGCUCCGAGUGCCCCCGUGGCGCCGAUCGCUCCGGAGCUGGAGAUGGCAGGGCCAGAGGUGACAGUUCGACAAGUCGUGCAGUUUGAUCUUCCGGCUCGUAGCCGUGAAGAGCCAUCUGGGGCCUUGGAGGCUAGCUAUGAGCACGUCUCCAGCAAACUUACUCCAGCAGAGGCCACACGGAUCGCUGCAUUGAGGGCCAAGGGGUUGUUGAAGGAGGGAGCUGAGGUGCCACAGGCACCUGUGCCACCGCCUCCCAAGCCUGCUGGUUUUGAAGAGUCGGAUUUGUUCUAUGUGGAAGGUUCUGGAUGGUGUGACAUCUACGGUCGAACUGUCGGAGAUCACAGCUUCAGCGGCUUCACCCGCCCUACCCAAAGUGUCGGGAGUGGAUCCGUUGCAUCAAGCCCGAGAUCAAAUGUCUCUGGAAGCCCUUCAAAGAGGAUGCCUAGAGAGAUCAAAGCUUCUCGCAAAGCUCAGCAAGCAGCUUGGGAUGCCAUACCUGGCAUUUGAGGCGAGAAAGACAAGCAGUUUCGCCAUGCUGCUGGAGGUGAUGGGCCCAGGGGUGAUUCCCUCACCCCUGAAGUGUGAGUUGUCUAUCGAGUCUAUCAAAGCAACUCUUUGCCAGAAGACACGGGGUGAUUUCUCAACCAAGGCGAAGUGGAGGGCUUUGACUGAGGGUUUUAUUCUUGUGUGUGCGUGUGUGUGAGGGAAGACCGUCAUUGCACCGAAGCCCUUUCUGGAAAGAGAAGUUUGACAAGAGCCAGAGUUGACCGGGCUCGGCCAUCCCCCUUGUUUGGCCUACUUACGUCU